CAGGAUGCAGGCCCCGAACAAGGAGCACCUGUACAAGCUGCUGGUAAUCGGUGACCUGGGCGUGGGCAAGACCAGCAUCAUUAAGCGCUACGUGCACCAGAACUUCUCCUCGCACUACCGGGCCACCAUCGGCGUGGAUUUCGCGCUCAAGGUGCUUCACUGGGACCCGGAGACAGUGGUGCGCCUGCAGCUCUGGGACAUCGCAGGUCAAGAAAGAUUUGGAAACAUGACAAGGGUCUACUACCGCGAAGCCAUGGGUGCAUUUAUUGUCUUUGAUGUCACCAGGCCAGCUACAUUUGAAGCAGUGACAAAGUGGAAAAAUGAUUUGGACUCAAAGUUAAGUCUCCCUAAUGGCAAACCAGUUUCAGUGGUUUUGUUGGCCAACAAAUGUGACCAGGGGAAGGAUAUGCUCAUGAACAAUGGCCUCAAGAUGGACCAGUUCUGCAAGGAGCACGGUUUUGUAGGAUGGUUUGAAACAUCAGCAAAGGAAAAUAUAAACAUCGACGAAGCCUCCAGAUGCCUGGUGAAACAUAUACUUGCAAACGAGUGUGACCUAAUGGAGUCCAUUGAACCGGAUGUCGUGAAGCCCCAUCUCACAUUGCCCAAGGUUGUCAGCUGCUCCAGCUGUGCCAAAUCUUAGAAGGCUUCUUUGCUGGCAUAUGAUGGAAAUAAUCCCAUCAUCUCAUGAAUUGUGUCUCAAUUUUUACCAUUUUGAGUAAAUGUCGUGAUGGGGACAUACAUGUGGCAAGCCAAAGAUCUAUGCCUGUUUCAUUCCUAUAAGAGAGAGAAAUAGCAAUGUUCUUUUUAUGUUUGUUGUUCGCCGCCCCCAACCCCCAGCAUCAGCACAGUGUUUACGAGCUUUUAAAAUAUUUAGUCUGUUACAAAAAAAUCUGUGUUGUAGCUGACCAUAAUUCUGCAGGACCAGAGUGGGCCCUGUUAUUUGCUUCUUUGAAUCAGGCAAGGCCUCAGGUCUUAAAGAGAAAGGGGAGAAGAGCAGACUGGCUGGCACGUUAAGCACUGGAUUUCUCUUUGCCCCUAGUAUCUUUGUCCAGAUUUCAAUACAUUUUCUGCUGCUCUGACAGGCCUCUUAAGCAGAUACAAUAUUUUCUCCAGAGAUGACCUCCAUUCUCAACAGACAUAAGAGUUAUCUCUGAUUUAGCUCUUCAGAGGCAUAUGCACAGUGUUCCUGUGCUUUUGUUGUUUUUUAUUGUCACUUGCCAUGCCCUGAAUGUUGGUUUAACCGAAAGCUGUAUGAAAAGAUCUGCCCCCUGUAUAUGCCUCUUUCUUAGCUUUUUCUGACUCAAGCUGUGGGACUCUUCUGUACAUGUAAUAUAUGUUAUAUAUGUUUUCACAAGUGAAAAAUAAAACAAUAACAGAUGCUGCUUCCUUA